AUGGGAGCUAUUGGAGCACAACAUCUGGCUGGUGGAUUACGACAUAACACAGCACUCACCACAUUAGAUCUUGGGUUAAAUGGAAUCGGAAAUGUUGGAGCGCAACAUUUAGCGGAUGCACUACAGCAUAACACAGUGCUCACAACACUAGAUCUCUAUUAUAAUCAAAUCGGAGAUGUCGGAGCACAACAUUUGGCUGAUGAAUUACGACAUAACACAACACUCACUACACUAAAUCUCAACCAUAAUCAAAUCGAAGCUGUUGGAGCACAACAUUUGGUUGAUGGAUUACGACAUAACGCAACACUCACUACACUACAUCUGGAAUAUAAUAGAAUGGGAGAUGUUGGAGCACAACAUUUGGGUGAUAUAUUACGACAUAACACAACACUCAGCACACUAGAUCUUGGAAGUAAUCAAAUCGGAGAUGUUGGAGCACAACAUUUGGCUGAUGGAUUACGACAUAACACAGUACUUAGCAUUUUCUCCUCACCUGUACAAUAUCUUUACCUUUACGUUUUUCAUCUAGACACUCACUACACUAAAUCUCCCAAAUAA